CUACAAUAUAAGUCUAUGAAAACACUGUAGAGAUAUAAAAAUACCUUGUAUUUUGACACCCAGCCACAGGCUCCACCUGUCGCACAAGCAUUUCUGUGUAGCUUGCAAAACCACAUGCAGGCGGGGGAGCACGGGGGGUUUGGGGGGAGGCUGGGUCAAGUAGCGACCAAUCAGAUGUGAGCUGCAGCUCCAGUGUUAUAAAAACCAGUUGUGCUCCCACUGUCCUCCCAGUUCGCUGCCGAUGCCUCAACGACCUCACUUCAUGUCUGCUGAACAACUCUGGGACUAACACAGGAUUAACUUCACCCAUUUCCUCUGAAGGCAGCUCCCUAGCUUUGGAAAUUGUACGCUUUAGCUUGUUUUAUUUGGGCAGAACUGAGCGGAGAAAUGCGCCUCAUACAGAACAUGACGACCAUCGCGGAGUGUCCAGCACCCGAAUACCCGGUGCCCAACCGGGUCAUUAAGAUAACAGUGAUAGGAGGCUGCGGGGUUGGGAAAACAGCGCUUGUAGUGAGAUUCCUAACAAGGCGUUUCAUCGGAGACUAUGAGAGAAAUGCUGGUAAUCUCUACUCUCGAGAAGUCCAGCUGGAGGGAGAGCAAGUGACCAUCCAGGUUCAGGACACGCCGGGCGCAGAGAUGACAGACAAUGGCAGCAGUUUAUCAGACCACGUGACCAGCGCCAUCCAGUGGGCUGAUGCUGUGGUGUUGGUGUACUCCGUAACAGACCGACACAGUUUUGACCUGAUCGAUCGGUUGCAUCAGCUGGUUGCCCGUGCAGGUGGUGCCACUAUGCCUCCAGUAAUCUUGCUGGCCAAUAAGGCGGACCUGCUGCACCUGAGGCGGGUGGACACCCAGCAAGGCUCUUUCCUGGCUAGAACACUAGACUGCUCUUUCUAUGAAGUGUCUGCCAGCGAGGACUACAGUCAGGUGCACAGGGCUUUCAACUGGCUGUGCUGCCAGCUAGCCAAGCAGCCGCCCCCUGCCUCCAGCUCCUCAAACAACUCUGCCAGUGCUACAACAGAGAAGAGGCGCUCGACCCUCAUCCCCAGGCCAAAAUCACCCAACAUGCAAGAUCUGAAGAGGCGAUUCAAGCAAGCGCUGUCUGCAAAAGUGAGGGCUGCCACCUCGGUGUGAGGAUUAGAAGCUGAAGGUGGUUCUGAGUGGCCACGGAGAGAAAGAGAGCAAGAAGACAAAAGAUUCAUGCUUCUCCACUGGACUCCUGUUCCAGUCUGACUGAAGAAGGCAGGUCUGAGAUGAAAAGUGAUAUGUUGUUUAUAGCAGGAGACAGAUGAAUCUUAACAGAGGUAACAGCCUCAGACAGGAGUCCGUCCUGACAGACACCAUGUGUGAGGAGGAGCAGUUCACCUGUAGAGAAGACACCUGAAGAUGCAGAAGCAGCUGUCUGAGGCUGACUGAACCCCAGACUCUGCAUAAAAAAUCUAACUGUAAAUCAAGCUCCCCUGGCAACAUCGAGUCCCUGAAGGGCUCUAGUGUUUAUUUUUAGCUGUGCUGCCCAUUGUAGCAGCUCUUUAUUCAGUCUGCCACUACAUGGCUCCACUAACUGCUGGCAUUAUUAUACCAGCCACUUGAGCCGGGGCUCUAUGCAGCUGUCUGUGUGUGUACUCAAUCUCUGUAUGUCAGUGUAUUUCUGCAGGAUCCAGAAGCAUCAUUGUGCUUGACAGAUUAAUAAGAGGAGGUGGGCUCAAGUCUGUAGUGCAGACAGAGUAUGUAGUGUGUGGUCGUUAUCACUGAUGCACUUUAGAGGAAGGAAUAGUCCAAAGGGACUAUUUAUUACUUGUUGCAACUUCAUAUGUUGUUCACAAUAAAAUGAUGAUGA